UGUAAACAAGACUGGAUAGAAAAUGAUCCAUUGCAUCAGAUAUGAGUUGAACUUCGAAACCUCUUAAGYAUGCUUGAAGGCAAUGGACCACGAGCUUACUCGGAAAAAAAUCAGYAUGAUCAUAAUGAUCAGUUUGUUGAAAAUGGAUACUUCGUCACUAUCAUCCAUGGAAGUUAUUUUUCUUCAAACUCCACAUCCCGUUCAGAGAAAUCUUCUUCAGUAAAAUCAAAUCAAAAGGGGUGUCUUCAGUCCGAUGGCUUUCGAUUUGUUCAACCUGUUGCACUGAGGUCUUUCUGCAAGUUCUUUUUUUCACAUCAAGGAGUUCCAAAUUGUGAUAAUGCAGCGAGUAACUUCAACUAUAAUUUGUGGUACUUCCAACUGAAUUAUGCCUUGUUGUUGGCACUAGUUGUAUUAGUAGCCAUGCAGUGGAUUCAUUGUCAUCAGUUCACCUUAGAGGUCUGCUUUACUCUUGUGGUGCUGGCAAUACUAUACAUGUUGGGCAAUGGGGGUUUUCAAGURAACGCAUUAGGUCGUAAAAUAAGACUUUCAGAACAAUAUGCUGCAGUAAUUACAUUCAUGGUUCUCUACAAUGGAUUUCUUCCAGAAGCGUUUGACUUCAUAUACGUUUUUGGUGGAUAUAUUGUUUUUGUGGUCACCCAUGCAUCAAUCAACCAUCAUGCUGAAUAUCCAGUUUACCAUAUUUGAGUGUACUCUCUGCCAUAAAAAUCUUAACUAUCUUUCCAAAGCUAAAGGUCUGCUUAUGGA